CCCAGUCCAUGGUGUCGCCAAACUUUCUCAGCUCCUCUGGGGAAUCCACUGUUUUUCCACGUAGUUAAGAGGCUCUCUCUAGUCUUUCUCAGGCUCUGCACACUGCUCAGAGCCCUAAGAGCCCUAGCUUCGAAACAGAGCCGCCCAACUUCCCCCCAGUUUGCGGACUGUUUGGGCGCGUCCCUCAGCAUAUCCUGGGAAUGCGUCCACGUUGUCAUGGCGACGCUCUGAGUAGGUUCCUGCACGCCGCCCGAAUCCCGCCCCGCCCCGGAACUAUCAUCUGCAGGGAAAUGACCUUUGACCCUAGAAGGACAGCUCCAUUUUUCACGAGAAGAUGGCAGUUGUGAAAACGCCCAUGCAGGAACUAAGAAAUGCAGAAGAACCCUGCGAUAAGGUGUCCUCCAUCCUCCUGAAGAGCCUGGUGGAGGAGCCCAAGAAAAGAGCGGAAGUGCCCAACCACCUCCUGGAAUCCAAGGUUUAUGCCAAGCUUCUCAACAACAAGGCCAUCCAGGCCAGACCAGGCAUAGUCCAUUUUGGAGGCUAUGAGAUAGAGAAACAACAUGAACAGGUUCUGUACAUUGCCAAUAUUUCAGAUGAAGACACACACCUUCAUAUUUUACCACCGCAGACCAAAUACUUCAGGAUCGCCUAUGAGAAGAAGGAGCAUCGCCUCAUCCCAGGCUUGUCGCUCAUGGUCACGGUUACAUUUUCUCCAGAUGAGUGGCGUUACUAUUACGACUGCAUCCGCAUUCACUGUAAGGGAGAUGACACCUUACUUGUUCCCAUUCACGCCUACCCUGUCUUGAAUAACCUGGACUUCCCCACAUUUAUAAAUCUACCGGAUGUCCUCCUCGGAGAGAGCAAAAGCUACGUGAUCCCCUUGCAGUGCAGCUGUCCCGUGGAUUUCGAAUUCCACAUCACUCUGCUUCGGUCUCACCAGGCCUUUACAAUUGCACCAAGGUCAGGAAUAAUUCCAGCUAACGGGAAGACAAAAGUAACCGUCACGUUCACACCCAUCCAGUAUGGGACGGCACAAAUAAAAAUUCAGUUGUGGAUCUCACAGUUCAACUCUCAGCCGUACGAAUGUGUCUUCACUGGAACCUGCCACCCCAACAUGGCCUUACCACUAGAAGAGUUCAAAAGAUUAAAUACUCGUUCUCAGAAAGUAAGUGUUCCUCCAGAAAAAACAAGAUAUGUACACUUUUACCAAACUCCCACCAUGGCCAAGCCUCCGAAAAUGAAGGAAAUCGAGUACCACGACCUGCGGUUUCCAGCAGAUCUGUCCAAUCCAUUUGCUGUGGCCACCGUCCUAAACCAAGAACCGGGAAAGUUGAAGAUUAAGGAAUUAAAACAAGUCCUGGACCAGGGUGAUGAAAUCUCCAAAACCAGACAGAUGAAGGAGGCGCUCUUUGAACAGAAGGUCAGACAGAACAUCCAGGAAGAGAGCGAGAACCAUCUUAAGUGGCAGGUGCACCUUGGUAGUGACCACACCACUUUCAGGUAUAGAAAAGAGCUCAGCGAGGAACGGCAGAAAGCACAGGACAAGUACAAGCAAAAAAGAGGCGACCCUGUUUUUGAGGAAGAGUUUCAACGACUCGAGACUGAGCAGAGCAACAAGCGGGUCGUCCGUGAACUGGAGGAGAAAGUCCAGGAAUUCCAUCCUAACUUUGAUCCUCUUAUUAACAACAUGUGGCUCAGCAGAUUCCGGGCACAAAGACGGUUCCAGCAGGCAUCGCGCAGGAUCAUGAUUGAACGAAGGAUGCUCGUUGUGCUGGAGGCUAUCCGUGACAUGGACAAAGAAGACAUAAAGAGAAGGCUCGACAAAGCCAAGCAAUCACUAAUACAAGCUGAGACUCCCUACAGAUACCCAUGGGCCCAGUUGAGUCAGGAGGAGUGCCCCUGUCCGUUCUCGCUGCAGCCUGAGGAAGUGCUGCCCUUCGCCUUCCCAUCGGACUCCCAGAGCUACAACGAGCUGGCUCUCGAUGGCCUUGGACUAGUCCCCAUCAAGCCUUCCGAUGUUCAAGUCAAGCACAGUUAUCCCUACUUCACUUUGAAGGUUCCUCAGUUAUACAAAAUCAAGGGAUAUCAACCAUUUUCUGUCAACAAGUCCUCAACAAAUUACAGACUUCAGAAGCUUGCUCGACCCCUGAAACAAGGUGCUGAGGAUGAGGUCACCACCAUCAUAACUCUACCUGAGCAGAACACCACACAGCUCUCAGCCAAGCCCUCCAUCUUGAGUAUGAAGGCACCAGAGGGCUUAGCCAUGUCUGUGGAAUAUGAGCCACUGUAUAUUUUCAAUCCCAGCCCAGGACUGUUCUCCGUGAAGCACCCUCUGACCUACGCAGAAACUCUGAUAGAUUACCAUCUGUGCUCUCACCCCAAGUACAAGUUCACCCAUGAGACCCACAUCGGGUCCAGCAUUCCUCUCACCCAAAAGCAGUUUCUCCAUCAUACGGAUAUCAUUCCUGGGAUCAUGAACUGGAAGAGGUUCCAGCUGGUCUUCUCCUCCUUCUCUGACCCCUCUAAGAUGGAAACCACUCAGAGAGGUGAAUGGUACAGUACUGUGAUGCUGCCCGAAGACAUCCCCGCCCCGCUGGACGGCCUACCAGAGGAAGACAGACUGGAAACCACCGAGAGGGAUCUCUGUGAGCAGAGUAUAGAAAUCGUGCUAACUCCGGAAAUGAUCCAAGUGGAAUUCCCCGUGCUGAACAGCAAGGAGUUCAAGAAGGAGAAGGAUGUCAAGGACACGGCCCAGCCGCCGGAGAAGGUGGGGGAAAAAGUGCUGGAGGAGAUGAAGACCCUCCGGCUCAAAGCCCUCAACCCGCACUUGAUUCUAGAGUAAAAACCACUGGGGUACCGGCGGCCCCUUCACCUUACAAGAUCGCUGAGGUCCUCUAAGUCCAUUUACAGUCGAGCCGUUUUUUUUGGAAUUAAAGUUUCUAGAGACAGGAAUUGAAAUG